AGAUAACGACUCUCUGGGAACAGUUUUUCAGCCAGUUAUGCACCCGCCUUAUAGCAGCUCCAUUGAGAUUGCAUUUCCCUAGUUUGUUUGUGAGAAGGUCCCUGCUUCGUGCUCAUGAAGCCCUGUGGAAUCUGGGGGUGAAGGAGGCUAGGGAAAGGCAAAGGCGGCUGGGGCUGCUUCUGACAAGGGGGUGUCUCAUGGCACAGCUGUUACCCAGGGAGAGGUUUGCUUUGCGUCCAGGCUCUCCGCUCCCUCCCUCACUGGGGUUGGGGGUCUGUGGCUGCAGGUGCUGACUAUGUACCCCAAUCUCCGGGCCCUCAAUCUGCACGGGAACAGCAUCCAGAGCCUCAGCGAGGUGGACAAGCUGGCCGUCCUGCCACGCCUGCGCACGCUGACCCUGCACGGAAACCCCAUCGAGGAGGAGAAAGGCUACAGGAGCUACGUGCUGGCCAUGCUGCCUCAGCUGAAGUCCUUCGAUUUCAGCGGUGUGACGAAGCAGGACCGCUCCACCGCCACCUUCUGGAGACGCAUGAACGUCAAACCCAAGAAGGUCAAGAAAAGGCAGGACGACUACUGAGGGGACGAGCUGAAGCAGCAGCUGCACCGUUCAGCGGCGCCCAGCGCCCUGCUGGGGCAUGGGGGUAAAGCCCACCUGUUAGCGUAGGAAUAAAGGCUUCGAGCUCUGUA